AUGAACAAGCCCAUUACAGUCUUAGGAGACCUUAACUGUAACGUCUUAAAGGAGAGCCCAGAGAGAAAAGCUUUGUCUAAUUUCUUGUCUGAGACUAACCUGAAGCAGAUAAUUACAACACCAACAAGGAUAACAGACAGCUGCGAACCUCUGAUUGAUGUUAAUUUAGUCUUAUCUCCUGACCUCGUCCAUGCCCGUGGCGUUACUAACACUCCUAUUAGUGAUCACUUACCUGUAUACGUGGAGUUAAAGCUGAAACUCCCUAAACCUCUACCAUGUUAUAUCUCAACAAGGAGUUACAAGCAUUAUAACCCCGGUCUGUUUACCGCAGACCAGGUUUCUUUCGAUUUUUUCAGAGGAAGAAAUAAAUUUCAAACUUGCAACGUUUAA